AUCUUGUUAGCUGAUAUCAGCCUUGCUGACUGGGGUCGCAAAGAGAUCAAGCUUGCUGAAAAUGAAAUGCCUGGCUUGAUGGAAAUGAGGACGCGAUAUGGCCCCACCAAACCUUUGAAGGGAGCUAAGAUUGCAGGUUGCCUUCACAUGACCAUUCAGACAGCUGUUCUCAUUGAGACUUUGACGGAAUUGGGUGCUGAGGUAGGUAGCAUGAUUUUUAACUGGUUUAUGUAUAAAUCAGGAAUGAAACUAGCUCUGUUAGAAAACUUGUCACAUUUCAAACGGUGGGAAGCACUAUGAGUCUGAGCUAAGGUUAAAAGACCCGUGUGCAAAACAUAAAAAGAAGGUAUAAAUAACACACCAAAUACUUAAAGGAGAUCAACAGAGAUCACCCUUGCUGAGAAUGAAAUGCCUGGUAUGUUGGAAAUGAGGAAGUGAUAUGGCCUCACCAAACCUUUGAAGGGAGCCAAGAUUUUUAUAAGCUACUACAACAAAACAUUAAUACUAGACAUCAGGUCACCAUCGAGCAAAUAAUAACAAUCGCGCUCAGUAAGUUUGUCACUCCAUCAAUCCUGUCCAGGUUUUAAUGGUAUGUGUUCCAUCAGCAAUGAAAGCUGCCAAGUUCUUUUUGAACAAGGAAUCUUUCACUGAUCUUCAUUUCAACAAUUCAACAAAUCUUUUGUGAUCUCUAAUUUCCUUCACCAUUUCUACUAAUUAAUGCUCAUUGAAUGUCAAAUCAUUCUUUGUGAAUACCAUUUGAACACUCCAAAUUUUCUUUCAUAUUACAGGCACAAAGUUCUAUUACAUUGACCUCGAAGAUCAGCCCUUUGAUUAUGCCUCUUAGUGGUGAUUUUCACUGCCAGGAUCUACAUUGUUAUAAACAAUGUCAUGUUUUCUUUGAUUGACAGUCUCCUUGCACAACUCAAACACUUAAUCACCUCGGAACACUCUUGACCAAUAUGAACUUUCUGCACUCUCAGAAAGCAGAAAAAAAUUAUUUCCAUGGGCCUUUCAGGCAGGCAAUCCUUCUCCCUUAGUGUCUCUCUCUCCUGUACACUGUGUUUUUUCUUAUGCCUAUCACUUCCAAGUGUCUGUCACGGAGGCUAUGCUAGAGUUAGCUAAGUCCUGUGGGAGUCUGAUCUAUAGAUCGUUUUCACUGUCACGCAACAAAAAAAUAAAUUGAAAACCGUCCAGUGAAAGAAGCCAAGAAAAUGAUAUGUUAUAAAAGACUAAUUUUUAAACAAUUUGUCCAAGUCUCAGGUCUUUUUGGAGCCACAGUUUCUGAGUUAUUUGCCGAAACGUUUCACGCAUCUUUGUAGAGCUUUGUAUGGAGACGCCAUAUUGGUGCACAGUUUUGGUGCACCAAUAUGGCCGCCAAAAAUCAACAAAAACAUCUAGAGUUCACUUGUUCUAUAAAAGCUCCUUCUUUUCACUCAAGAACUAGCCUACGUGCGCAUAAACAUAUCUUCUAAUACUUGAAAUGGUUAUACUGCUGAAAAUCAAGAGGAGAGACUUUUUUUCCAACGAGACAGCAUUCCUAUUUUGGUGUCACGCACUCUGAAAACUCGGAAGUUCAAAUUGCUGUAUUUUCGAAAUGAAACAUGCUAUGGGACAGAAAACUUGUACAAAGAUUAACUUUUUGUUAUCUUCAACCUAGUGUAAAUAAGAAUUCGUAAAACCUCGCUAUUUUGACUUUACAAUUUGAUGACGUCACUGUGAAAACCAUCUAUUGGGGUGCUGUGACUAGGAGAGACAGCUGAGGCCUAUGGUUUGGUGUCCUCAUCUGAGAAGACUAAAAGUGCCUUAGUAACCAUUGGCAAAAAAGGCAGCUGCACCUCUUCUGAAGCCACCUAACAAAUUGAGAUACCCAGUUGGCUCUUUAUUUAAUGUAAGCUUGUGUGUUUUCCCUCACAGGUUCAGUGGUCAUCAUGCAACAUCUUCUCAACCCAAGACCACGCUGCCGCAGCCAUUGCGAAGACUGGUGUCCCUGUUUAUGCCUGGAAAGGAGAGACUGAUGAGGAGUACAUCUGGUGCAUUGACCAGACGCUUGUGUUCCCUGAUGGGCAGCCCCUUAACAUGAUCCUUGACGAUGGGGGUGACCUCACCAACCUUGUUCACGAGAAGUACCCCCAGUACAUGGAAGGUUGGUGGAGCUAACAUCCUUGAAGAAUUCUAAGCUUCACUCUCACUUUAUGAAUGAGCUGAACUAUAGGAGAUUAGCUGAUAGUAAAGAUCUUACGUUUGAAUUCAUGUUGGGGGAUUUGCAAAAGUUGUAGGCACUUGGUACUAAACUUGCUGCAUUCAGAGAUUUAAAAGUCCUAAACUGCAGAGUUACCGUAUUUAUUCGAAUAAGCGCCCAACCUCGAAUUAGCGCCCACCUCGAAUAAGCGCCCAUCCUAAAGACAGAAAAAGUUAAUAAGUGCCUAGCCUCGAAUAAGCGCCCACCCCCUCCUCCUCCCAAUCAAACUCAAAUAAGUGCUCACCCCCACCCCACCCACUUGAGUGAAUAAAUUCUAAUAAGAGACUUCCCGAGGACGGACUUUUCUUCAGAGUAUUUUACAGAAAUCUUCCUUUGUUACUUCUUCGUGUUUUGUUUUUAGCAUUUAUUGUUUUGUUGCAAAAUAAACAUACUACACUUGCUGAAAAUGGUGAAAAUUUAAUAAGUGCCCAGCCUCGAAUAAGCGCCCACCUCAAAUAAGCGCCCACUCUCAAGGUCCAAAAAUUUAAUAAGCGCCCAGGGCAGUUAAUCGAAUAAAUACGGUAUCUUACCAGAAUGAGACAAAGUUAAAUAAAGUUUGCCAGAAGGGCAUGACUAGCUGGCCUAAAGCUGUUUAGUUAGCAUUUGUCAUCACAUUUGAAGUAGGCAGGAAAAUGGGAAAGGUACUAAGCCAAAGUUUUGACAUUUUCUAUUGUGUUUCUACUAAAGAAGCCAAGACAAGUGCAUUUGUAUCAGCCAGGCAGGGUCUAAGGCCCUUGUGAUAAAUUAAUGACAGCCUUAGACAAUACGGUCCUGUCUGUCAUUUUGGUUAAUUCUCUUUAGCAUGUCACCAUAAUUUUAUUGUCUUGAGUAAUAAAUUUGUGCUAACCCCCUGUUCAGGUAUCAAAGGUCUUUCAGAGGAGACCACAACUGGAGUCCAUAACUUGUAUAAGAUGAUGGAGAAAAAGCAGUUGAAGUGUCCUGCCAUCAAUGUGAACGAUUCUGUCACCAAGAGCAAGUUUGACAACCUUUAUGGAAUCCGUGAGUCUCUUGUUGAUGGUCUGAAGAGAGCUACUGACAUCAUGCUUGCCGGCAAAGUCUGUGUUGUAGCUGGAUAUGGUGAUGUUGGUAAGGGCUCAGUGCAGUCCCUGAGGGGAUUUGGCGCCCGCGUCUUGGUCACCGAGGUUGAUCCUAUCAAUGCUUUACAAGCUGCCAUGGAAGGUGAGAUACCAUCUUUGGUUUUACCUGAUUUGAAUAUAACACCAAGAAACUACUUCUCGAAAUGAGAGCAUGUUGUUGAUAAUUUACAGUUAACUCUUUAAUAGGGUCAACACCAAAGGGAUAAAGACAAGAGUUAGCAUUAUAGAAGUAGGGAUAGUAUGAAUGAUAGGAUACUUGGGAUCAGUGGAACAGUCUGUAAUUAUAGAGAGGCAUUGUUAUUGUAGAGGUAGGGGUUGCAUGAAGUUUGGCAUAAUUUUAGGGGACUAAGAGAACUGUUCUUAUCAGAGAGUCAUCCAUAAUAGAGGUAGGGAUUGUGAAACUGAAAGAAAUGUCUUUGUAAAGAGGUGUCCAUAUGAUGGAGCUGUCUGUGGGGAGAAGUUUGGUUGUGUAACUUUUUGUACUUUAAAGUGACUGAUGAUGAUGUAUUUUCCUCUUCUUUUCAUAGGAUAUGAAGUUGUUACCAUGGAAGAAGCUGCGUCCCAGGGACAGAUCUUUGUUACAUCAACUGGUUGCAGUGGAAUCAUCAACAAAGAACACUUCAUGCAGAUGAAGGAAGAUGCCAUCAUCUGUAAUGUUGGUCAUUUUGAUUGCGAGAUUGAUGUUGCUUGGCUUAAUGACAAUUGUAAAAAAGAUAACAUCAAGCCUCAGGUAAGUCUUAAAAAUACUUACAUGUAUCUCGAUAUAUAAUAUUGUGAUAUUGCCAGUCAGUUAAUAUUCUGUAGUGACAUAAUACAGUGCAUAUUGUAAAAUUGUAACGUGCCUAAGUUUUGAACUCUUAAUUUAUUGCCACCCCCUCACAAGGCCAUUUUUGCAAUGAUGCCUUUUGAAUAUAAAAGUGUUUCAUGGCAGAAAUUUAAAUUUUUUAAAUUAUGGGAUUGUCUGGCAUCCAAAAAAAAAGCCCCCUUGCUAAAACUCUGCCUGCUAGUGCAAACUGGCAAGGAUAUGUAAGCACCGUUACACUCUGAUGACUUUUUUUUACAAUACAUUGGAGUCAUCGGAGCAUAACAGUGCUUAUUAUCUCCACACCAACUACAGUCGAACCCCGCUAUUUCGAAGUCCAAGGGAAAUGAAAACAAGUUCGAAAUAGCGGGGAAGCAUAAAGGGGAAGGGUAAAUCCAAGGGCAUUUGAUCUUCCUUCGAAAUAGCGGGGACUUCAAAUGAACCGAGUUCGAAAUAGUGAGGUUCGACUGUAUACACUAGCAGGCUGCUUUUUGGCAGGUCGAAAAUUUUCAGCUCGUGUUUUUUGGAUAUGCCAACCUGUCCCAUAAUUUCACAAAAUUAAAUUUUGUGAUGCUGUCACUUCUCUUUUCUAUUCAUUUGUUUUUGCUUCAGUAUCUAGAUUUAACAAUAUUAUUACCCUUAUUAUUUUACAAAAAGAAAAGCAGCAGUCCAAAAGAUUCUGCUGGUUGGAAAAUGACAUCAUUAUGCACUAGUUCUGGUCUCCUUGCAAGAAUUAAUUUGUUAUUGGAAAUUUUUAAAUUUUUAAAUUCAUAAAUUUAUUCAUAAAGUGAUUGUAUUAAAAUGUAACCAUAGGUCGACCGCUUUGAGCUUCCCAAUGGACGCCAUGUCAUCCUCCUUGCUGAGGGACGUCUUGUGAACCUUGGCUGUGCCAUGGGACACCCUUCUUUUGUCAUGAGCAACUCCUUCACCAACCAGGUCUUGGCUCAGAUUGAACUCUGGACAAAGACUAAGGAAUAUCCAAUUGGUGUUUACAUGCUUCCCAAAAAGGUAGGUCAAGGAAGAUAAAUAAUAAAUUUAUUGUUGUAAGAUCUAGUAUUAGGUUACACAUUAUGACACUGCUUGAUGGUUAACUCUCCCAAAAAUGUUACCCCGGUAAAUAUUUGUUUUACUUUGUCUGCCUGUUAAAGGGAGAUUGUUUGCUAGCACAUGGAUGCUCUAGGUGACUAUUCAACAUACCUACUGCUCCACCCUCUUUGUGCGAUUUACACCGCUUUCGCUUCUUGUCUGGUGACCCACUGGUCAUUUCACCACCGAAUCGUUUCGCCUAUGUCCCGUUCGCUUACGUCUUAGGUCAUUUCGCUAACGUUUUAUAAGCCGUUUCGCAAUUGUAGUGGUGUCUGUUUUAUAAGAGAGAGUUCUGAAUACUUUAAUACAGGCGACAGAUCAUUUGUUAUUUCCAACACUGAAUUAUUUUUCUUUCCUCCGCAAGCUCGACGAGGAAGUCGCAAGACUGCAUCUCGAUCAUCUUGGUGUCAAGAUUACCAAGCUCACAGACAAGCAGGCGAAUUAUCUUGGUAUCCCUGCUGACGGCCCUUACAAGCCAGAGCACUACCGCUAUUAA